AUGUUUGACCAGACCCAGAAAACCAUCUCAAGGCUGGUGGCUGAAGGCUUCUCAAGGCUAACGUUAAGUUCAAGCGGCCAAGGCUUCACCCACCAGUCAACAUGUAACAUUUUUUCUCACGCAGAAGCGCACUCAUCUGCUCUCGUUUGUUAUCAGGCUGAAGUUGAAAUAGCAUGGAAUCCCAGGGAGCACAUAGGAGCACAUACCGGUGCAUUCAAACCCAUAAACUCAUAUCCUCGGGUCUUUCGUUCGUUUUGCUCCCAAAGUUAUCCCUACACCAUCACCGCUGUUUCCAGACCUCUAGGUAGUAGACAUCAUCCAGACUCCGUAGCUAACCUCACAGCCUCACACAUACCUGAAUUGGCCUCCUUGUCGUCUGUUUAUCUUCUGUAG